AAGCUACUCCAGAAAAAACCCAAAACAUAUGUCUCCCUUCAAAAGAAAAAUCUGCUUUUUCACAGCUACAAAGGAUUGAAAACAAAUUUUAUCAUCAAACGUGGAGCUGUGCCAAAUCACAGGCAGCCAGAAGAAAGCUUUGGCACGAAAAGAGCUUUGAUGCCAAGAGGAACAAAGAUGAAACAGCUUUGAGUGAGAAAAAGAGCAAUGAGAUUGCUGCAGCCCACAGACCUGUUUUCCUGAGAGCCCUGCUGUGAUCCCUGGCCCAUCCAGAAUGUCCCCUCUGCCCCCCAGGACAGCCUCAGGAUGCUGCAGCCCUGCCAGCAACAGGGCUGUGGAUGGAAAAGGCUCAGCUGGGACAUGGGUGCCUGCAAAAAGCCUGGACAGCCCAAGAAGGGACAAUUUCAUGGAGCUGGGAGAUUCAAGAGGAUUCCCAGCCCAGAAGGAAAAAUCUCCCUGCUCCCUGCAUCACCCACCUUGCUUCCCUGCAAGGAGCAGCUCCUUCUCUGUCCUGUUUGGCAGCAACACUCCCGUGCCCACGGCUCUCCUGUUUCCCACAUCCCACCUUUCGGCAGCCAGCAAGGCCAGAGAGCAGAACCUGGCAGAGCUGUGGAGAAAAUCACCCCAAAAUAAGUUAGAGCAACUCAAGAAGAGGAUCCAGGAGCAGAAGAGAAAGCAGCAAGCAGCAUCCCGGGAGCAGGAGCGCCUGAUUUUUGCUGAAGGCUCCCUGCCAAAGAGAGCCCUGAAAAGAAAAGUUUGCAGAGUGGUCUCUGCUCCUGCUCCAGCUCACAGAGACCAAAGAGAGAGAAGCUCAGCAAGGAGAAUUCAAACAGAACACCAGAAGCAGCUUUCAUCCAAGUCCUGUGUUCUGGAGAGAGCAGUGGCAGGGAAAGGUGUGAAUCUACCUGGUGUUUCUGCAUGGAGAGAAGGUCAGAAGCUGGCUAGAAGGCUGCUGGGUCCACCCCUUCCACUUCCACAUUUGAGGAGCAGAACUGGAGAGCAGAGCACAACAAAAACCUUUGAACCUUUGGAAGGAGGACUUGGGGCAAUGCCAGUGAUGGAGAUCAGCUCCAGAAUGAAGGGAAAUGAACCUGUGGGGGAGAGCCCUGGAGCCCACAGGGCUGUGGUCGCUCCCAGCAAAGCUGAAAGGGGCAAAAAUGCACCCACAGAGGGUACAAACCAAGCCCUCAGGAAGCUUCUCUUGCAAAGCCAGGCCUGUGAGGAACACAGACAUAUCAGGCUCCCCAGAAAUGCUGUGAAACACCAAUCCCAAGGGAUCCAUUCUCCUCCACCUGCACUUUCAUUAAUGAAAGAUGGAGCCAAGCCCAGCACCUCAGGAAGCUGCAGCAGAGGAAAAAGUGCAUCUCCUCAGAGACCAAAAGGGUCUGAGAAAGAAAAUCUAAAGCAACCUUCAAAGAGGAGGGUAAACCUUAAAAAACCUCACCCCUACAGCCCUGAAAGUGUUCAGGAAUUUAUGCACCAAAAAAAAGCAGAAAGAAAGAAAAAACUCCUCGAAGAUAAAAAGUCUUUGGCACAGGCUGUGGAGAUGAGGAAGAAGAGGUUGCAAGAAGUGUACAGGAAACAAAAAGAAGCUAUUGGGAAGAAAUCCUGUCCUGAUGAGAUGCACAAACCCAUCAGGAAAACAUGUUCUGCCAAAGGAAAUCCUCAGUGUGAAUUUGAGCAAGAGCAAACCAGUGGGGGAGUACUGGAAAAGAGUUUUAUGGCCUGGGUGGAUGAAACAUCCUCUCUUCUACCACCUGAAGAUCACAGAAGCAGGUACUCAGACAUAAAAGGCAUCCUAGAAAGCCUCUUUCUCAGCUCACACUGCAGACAUCUCUCUCUUGGUUUUUUUUUUUUUAACAGGAAUGAACUCCUAGAAACAGCUCAAUCACCUAAAAAAGGAGAGGCAUUAGGUCCUCCAACACCACUGGAAUCCAAAUUCUGGUUUCUCAGUCCUCAGAAAUAUGAAGACUUGAGGGACUGCUCUCCCUCAUCUCUGCAUUCACCUCCUCUGAGCUUUUCUGUUCCUCAGAAAGAGGCAAAACCUUUCCCCAAGGACUCCUCUUUUGGACUUUCUCCACACAGAAGCACACAGGAUCGAGUGAGAGCCAUUCAUAGUCUGUCCAGGGAACUCACAGAAAAGAUUGACGUGGCAAGGAAGAGGCUGAGUGCAGCCAGCUGGGUUAAAGCCUCUGCUGACAAACAAUCAACAGAGACAACUCUGGACCUUUACAGUGAUCCUCCUUCUGGGCCAGAACUUGAGACUUCCAGGGAUAGGCAAGAGAGGACAGUGACUGCCCAGAUGCUUCUGGACAGCACAGAUCCUGAUGUGCUUUGUAUGACAAAAUGUCAUACAAAUACAUAUGAUGUAUCCCCUUCUGAUGGGGAAGGCCAUGGACUGGGCAGGAUUGGCCUGGUGGGCAGCACUGAGGGAGACCUGCACAGACAGAAGGAAAUGCCAACUCCUUUGCCUGGUAGGAAUUCUGAGAGGGAAGAAAUGCCCUGGAUCACACAUCAUGCAGGACAGAGUCACCUCAGCUCUGCAGGAAACCUGAGCAACACAUUGCAAGGUUCCCCUGUGAAAAAGGGCUCCAAGGUGGACAUAAGUCUAUGGCAUGAAAAGCCAAUAACCAGCUCAGCCUCUCCAGCUCACAGAUUCCUCACUAGAAGCUCACGGGGAGAACUCACAGCACGGAGGGAUCAGUGUGGAUGUGAGACUGUUUUGAAAAUUGAGAACCAAGAGGAAAUGGCCAACCCAUCACCUGGAGAGAGCCUGAGGAUCUGGGCCAGCCUGAGCUUCCAGCCCUCUGCCACUCUGAGCGCCGACAGCUUUGAGCAGGACUUGGGUGAGAGAGGUUCUGGUGGCACAGAGCUGGAAGACAAACACAGGAGCCAGCUGGACAUUUUGAGGCAAACCUCCCUACUACUGGCUCACAAAAUGAAGCUCCAGCAGAAACAGCAGCAGUAUCAGCUCAUGGUGCUGAGGGAGAAAGCAAAGCAAGAGGUUGAAGAAAGCCACAGGUUUUUGAGGGACCUACUACAGCUCUAUUCAGAGGACAGCAGGAAUUCCAAAGAUCCUUCUGUGACAAGACUGUACCACACAGAGCAGGCACAGAGAGGACACUGGUUGGAAGAUGACUCUGCUGCUGGCAGUAAUCAAGAGAUGAGUUCACUGACACACUCUGCAUUGAAGAGAGAGAGAGAUCCCAGUCUGGUGGAUUCCAAAAUACUGGGAGAAAGAAAACCUCUAGGAGGAGGAGGUUCAUGUUGCUCGGUGCUUCAAGGAGCAGAUCACGGGCAGUCACUGCAUGGUCAUCACACCUUGAAUCUGACCCACAGAGACACCUGGGACAACUCUGGAGACAGUGAGCAGGCCAGCUCUGACAGCCAGUGGAGCACAGCCAUUCCACACUUUGGAGGCUCCAGCACCUUCCAUGGUUCCAGCCUGGCCGUGGUGGAGCAGUUUCUGAGGGGAGAGGAGCUGCGGGCUCGGCACCAGGCCGUGCUCCUGCGGCUCCGGAGAAAGGCUCUGCGGGAGAGAGCCAGGGCUGAGCUGGCCUGGCUGGAACACCAGAGACGUGUUCUGGAAAACCUGCAGGAUAGUACUGGAGCCUCUGCCAUGGCAGCAAAGCAGCACAAAGUCCUGAUGGAGCUGAAACAGGAGCAGGCAGAAAUCCAGCACUUGCAAAACAUCCAGAGGGCAGCCCAUCAAGAAAGGAAGCUUUUAUUAAAGCGGCAGACAGAACUCUUAAUGAUGCAGCAUUCAACAGCACAACUCCAGGAAAAGCUGCACAGUUUGGCUGGGAAGCAGGAGGUUAUGAAGUCAGGGAGUAAAGACAGUUGUGUCCAGCUAAAGCAUAAAAAGAGCAAGAAGUAUGAGGGAUUUUCUGCUGAGAACAAGGAAUCACUGGUACAACACCAGAAACAGGUGGAGGAGUUCCCAGCUUUGGAGCAGUCCCUUAAUGCUCAGAAUAAUGUUUUCUUGCCUCUGGAACCUAGAAAUUCAGCUGGAAUGGAACCUAUAGCCACACUCUUUACAAGAAAAGGCCAAAAGUGUGCAUUUCUGGAAGCUGUGCUGGAGGAAAAGCCACUUCUUUCUAACCCUGAUCCUAGAGUUAAAGAAGAGGAAGUGCCUGUCCCUUCUGAGAUCCAUCAGGUGGAUGCCAGUCAAUGUCUGAAGCAUUUGGACCAUAUUUCUCAUGAAGCUUCUGAUGAAUUACAUUUAAAAGCAUUUUAUGAAGGAUUAACUUCCACCGAAUCAUCGUCCAUGUCAAACAACUUCUUUUUGAAAUGUGAAAGUGCCAAAUCAGACUCUUCUCACUCAGAAUUUCAGAAAGUGUCUGCAGUUUGGAUUGACACCUUGAAAAGUUCAGUUUCAGACCCAGAAUUAGAGCUGAAACAUGGACAGGACACAGAUGCCAGUGUCCCGGAAGAGUUUGUCUGUGACAGUGGUGAUGUGUUUGCUGAUCUCUCAAAAGAGAUGCUGAUAGCAAUAAGCAAUGGAAAGGAAACAUCACCUAGUGACAAACACAAUGAACAUGAGCUGCCUGAAGAUGACAGAGCUGAGACUUCAUCCCUCCCCCAGAAAUACCCUGGAGAUGUGUUGGAUGGUGGCUGCACUGAUCACUUGCCUUCUUUCAUCCCAGCAGAUGAAGCAAAUGUCUCCAGAACAGAGUCAGUGCAUUCCUCCCAGUCUGAAAACCCUUCUGAGGGAGUGGAUGAGCCACACCCAAGUGCCUCACAAAGCUGCAGCAGAAACAAACCCUGUUCUCAGGUGAUCCCAACACUGGGGAAUGAUGCAGCUGCCAGCCCUUCACACACUGAUGCAAGCUCCAGUAGUGAUAACGGUCGCCCUCCAAGGGAUGAGGAUACCUUGUCUGAAAUGCUGUGUCUUGUGGAUGAAGUAUUGUCCUCUGGAAGUGCUGACUUGCCAUCCUCUAACAAAAAGGAUUUGUCAUUUCCAAGUGAAGAUCUUCCUCCUCCUCCCCCUUUAGGUGCAGAUGCAAUGAAAAAUGGUGAUCCUGCCUCCAGCACGGGUGAUUUCCCAUCUCCACUGGAACAAAUGACAGGCUCAGAGUCUACUCAGGGCAUGGAUGAAGAUAUAUCACUGGAAAUGGAUGCAUUACCCCCAUUACCUGAUAACACUGUGUCUGAAAAACUUCCCCUGCUCAGUACAGAGACAAGGGGGGCUUUUGCAACUCGGGAUGGUCGUCUCUCAGAACAAUCUACAUUUACAGCUCAUUCCAGCUGUUUAUCAGAAAACCAGCAUGGAGAACAGGAGAUGGCUUUGCAGCAUUUGGAAUUUCUGCCUGUGUCAAAUAUAGAUUCUUCCAGUGGAAGUAAAAGUCCUGAAUUCCCAAUGAAACAACACAAAAUGUAUGAAAAGCUGAGUGCUGAGAAGGACAGUGAUGACCCAUUAUCAUCAUUUGAAACUGGGGACAGAUGGUUGGUAAAGCAGAGCCAGCCUGGGACUCUGAUGUUCGAAAGCCAGACUCAUUUUGGCAGUGGCCAUUGGGCUGGUGUUGCACUGGACAAAGCUGAAGGUGACAAUGCUGGAAUUUAUGAAGGGGUGAAGUAUUUGGACUGUUCUCAGCACUGUGAGGUCUUUGUCACACCUGAUGAGAUUUCACACCUGUUGGGAGUUAACAAAAAUAGUUCCAGUUACAUGGAGAAUGAAGACUCUGACUCCUUCCAUGAUGAUGAAGACUCCCUCAAAGGAGACUGCAAAUAUUCUGAAGAUGAUGAGCAGAUAGUGGGGUUUGCAGAGGAAAAAGCAGAAGAUACAAACAGUGCAGGAGGUUCAGAAGUGAAAGAAAACCAGUCUGGGUUACACAGUGCCUUUCUGCCUGGAAAAGGGCAGAAGUUUCCCCAUUCCAAACAGUGUAACUGUAAUGAACUCCUCUGUCAAAAGAACUUAACGUGCUUGGGAUCAGAUAACGAAAAAACAGAACUGGCACAAAUAAAACAAACUGUAUUUGCAGAUGCUUUUCCAAAGGAAAGCAAGACAGAUGAGGUAAACACAAGCAAAAAUAUUUGUUGCUUGGUAGAGGAUCAGAAAAGAAUUAAACUUGCUGAUGACAUUGCAAGUGAACUCAGUAAAAAACUUCUGUUUGACAUUUUAAUUGCAUUUUCUGAAACAGCUCAACACAAAUAUAAAAGUGCCUUUGAAAAAGGCAUGAUGAAUUAUGGCAAAGGCCUAAGGCAAGAAGACAAUCAGAAACCAUUUCUCCUCAAAGAAAAUUUAGUUGCUGCCUUAUCUGAACCAUCAGCAAAGGUUUCUGAUGUUUUACUGGGUGAUUUUGAUACACUUUGCAUUCAUGGUUGUCACACAGCAACAGACAGAAUUGUAACUAAAUUUAUAGAUGAUGCAGUUAAAGAAUAUAAGAAGAUUAAAAGAAAACACAGAUCAAAAGCUGACAAGGUGCUUCAUUUAUCUCCAGAGAUUUCUCCAACCACUUUGCCUCUCCUUUCAAAAAUCCUUGAUGCUGGAGUUUUUGGAAGCUCUGAAGAUUUUGAUCAGCCUAAUUCUGACCAAAACAUGCUGGUGAGACAGACACAAAAGCAAUACUUGUGCAAAUUAGACCAGUGGCACUCAGCUCCUUGGAAGAAAACUCUGGAAGUUCCUCUUGUAAUACCACAUAACAGUUCUCAUGUUAAAAAUUUGUCUGCAUUUGCUGUGGAAGAAUUAUGGACCCCAGAGAACAUAAAUUCAAAUUUCAGGAACAUCAAUGUGCCAAAUUACUUGGAAUAUAAUGAUCACCCAAGGAAUGAUUUGGAAGCAGAAAGCAAGAGGAUGUAUAAUCAGGUUAUAUUUGAUUUGAGUCAUGAGUUGCUGUGUGCAGAAUAUCCAGUGACUGCCAAGCCAAAUAUGUUCCCAUGGAUGAAAAAAAAUGUAGGAUCUCACUGUUCCAGGCAUCUCUACAGAAGGAUGGAUGUCAGUGAUGUUAAGACAUUUGUUCAGGGUGAAAUUAUUAAAAUAAUGAACCUGGAAAAGAAUGACUUAGAAAUGAAAAGAAAAGUCCUAAAUAUGACCAAGUAUGGAAACUGUAAGAGAGACAGAGUGGACCUUAUUCUGAUCCAGGAGCUCCGCAAAGAAGAAUCUCAGUGGACUUCCUAUGGUGAUGAUGAAUUAACAGUGAAGAUGAGGAUGACUGAAACCAUAUUUGACAGCUUGAUCCUUGAUACAAUCAGAGUUCUAAAUGAGAUUUAUCUGAAAAAAGCCUGUUUUAAAGGUGACUAUGCACCAUCUUUUUUCUUUUAGUACACUGUGGAACGGGUUAGAAGGAGCCUGGAGAUGGCUUCAGAGAGGUGGCACAGGGAAAGGCAGGACCUGGAACCAGACAUUCAGGUUAAAUGUCUAUAAUCUUAUUCAAAUGAGGUAAAUUCUGAUGUGAUGCACUUUAAAUUGGAGGCUUUUCUAUCAGCACUUUCAAUUCCUAACACUUAGAUAUGUGUCUGUAAUUGGGUUAUUUAUCAUGCAAUUCACAAGAGCCCAUUGAAUUUUUAAAACAUCCAGGUAUGGGGUGCUGAGAAUGUACUUUAAUAGACAAAACAGAGGAAAUCAAUACUCCUUUUGUAUUGGCAAAACUGGAAAAAUCAAGUUUUUUACAAGGAAAUAGAUGCAUUUCCUCAGCAUGGUAAUUGUUUCCUAUGCUAAUUGCUGUGGUUCCAUCUAUUUUUGUAUUGAGCAAAUCAAAUUUUUGCUAGUUCUUUUUAAAAUAAAUACUAUGCAAAUAUUUCUUACUGGAAUUCAGAAACUAUUCAUUAUUGAACAAUUGAUUUGAAAAAAUCUGAUCUCUUUACAAUCCUAUUCAUUCAGAGUGUCUUUCAAAUAAAAUUAAAAUCAGGAUCAAUAAAGAAAUUAUAUCUAAACUUAAAAUUUAAAAAUACAAUACUUAAAAUCUAGUUUGGGGGAAAUAAAAAGCCAUUUUAUGUUUGUCUUUUUAAAUACCAUUGGCUUAAUUGUUUUUGUACUUGUUUUCUGAAUAAAAUAUGAUGCACAUGG